AUGCACUACCCGGAACUUCCUCUCCCGCCGCGGGAACGGACUGUUCAUCCAGAGGAGGUCGCUGCAGCCAUAUUCCGUGACCUGAGGGAGACGGCCAGGCUCCGGUUGGGCCAGGACGUCCGCCGGGCGGUGAUCGGCGUGCCGUCCUACUUCAACGCGGCACAGCGCGUGGCCGUGAUGCAGGCGGCGGAGCUGGCCGGGCUGAGGGUGGAGCGGCUAUGCGACGAGACCUCGGCCGCGGCCCUGGCGUACGCAAGGGUCAGCCCCAAGGAGGGCGUCAGGAAGGUUGUGAUCGUGGACCUGGGCGGCGGUGGAGGCAGCGCGGCCGUCGUGGAGGUGCAAAGCAGGUCCAGGGUACGGGUGUUGGCGAGCUCGGGCACACGGCUGCUCGGCGGCGAGGACCUAGACGCAACCAUGCUACUACUCCUGGGGGAGAGAAAGAGUUUCAACGAUCAAGUCUGGGAAAAGCUGCGUUUACAGUGGAGAGAGGCAAAGAAGAAACUCUCUUUUUCUCAUCCUUCUGCAGACAUUAAAAUUUUUUCAACAGAAUCAAAAGAAGAAAUUUGCUUUGAGGUGACACAAGAGGACUUAAAAAAGCCAUUUUGUGAUUGGUGUGAGGGAAUCAUCGAAGGGAUUAGGAAAGUAAUGAUGGAUGCAAAUAUUGAUAUGGGGGAGGUGAAGGAUGUAGUCCUAAUGGGUGCGUCAGGCCGUUUCCCCAAACUUCGCAUGGAAGUUGAAAAUUUAUUCAAUAAGAAGUGCUGCAAGAUUGUAAAUGCCGAUGAAGGGGUGGCAAUUGGAACUGCUCUCCUGGGAGCAAGGCUGGCCUCAAUGACUGAUAUUACUCCACUCCCUAUUCAAAUCAGAUACACCACAUAUUAUUUUAAGCAGAACGAAAUAGAAUCUACAUCUGCUCAAACUGAACUUCCCCAUUCUAUUUACAAGCACACAAUGAUUGCUCGUUACAUAGAGAUUUUUCAAAGUGUUCCUAGUUCAGAAGGCAAUGUUUGUCAUUUUAAGUGCUAUGUAAACCAUGAUGAUGAAAUUCAUAUUAACAUAAAUGGUAUUUUUGAAAAAAUUGAUUAUCUGCGGAGAAAGAAAAAGCUGUGCAUUGCUACCAGUAGCAAUCUACCAGAGGAAAUGUUGCUUUUAAUUAAGCAAAAGGUUGUAUCUGCGUCCGGCUUCGGCUUUCAGCUGAUGCGGCAGCUCUUCCAACAACAACAACAAUAA